CUGAUAGACGGCACUGACUGGCAUCACUGCUGGGCACUGACUGGCGGCACUGACUGGCACAACCGCUGGGCACUGACUGGUGGCACUGACUGGCAGCACUGCUGGGCUGCACUGGUGGGUGGCACUGGUGGGCAGCACUGGUGGGUGGGCACAGGUGGGUGGCACUGGUGGGCACAGGUGGGCGGAACUUGCGGGUGGCACUGCUGGGCACCGAUCAUCAGGGCACUGAUCAUCAGUGCCCUGAUGAUCGGUGCCGAUCCCCGCUCUGACAACUGCCGGUUCUCGGCAGUACUUUCCUCACAAUCUGACAGCGUGAGGAAAGUGCAGCCGAGAACCGGCACUUGC